AGAAUAAACGCGGAAUAUCUUCUUUAAAGAUGCAUGUAGUUCUUGUUUCAUUGUACACAAUUGUUUGCUCUGCAUAAUCUACAUACUUGUUUCCACUUACCCGAUAGACACUUAUUAUCUGUGCGACCCUUAUCUUUGUUGAUUGCCAGUGGAAAGGAAAGGUAUUUAAAAGUCACGUGAUAGGCGCGAAAGUGGACGUGUUUUUGAAACGGGGAAGAAAUUUGUGGAUUUUAAAUUAAGUUUUGGAGAAAACGUUUUUUUUUUGUGGAUUAAGUGAACAUUUGGUUUAUUAUGGCUUGUGGAUUAUCUAUGCAGUUUACUGACUAUGGGGAAUAAGCGAAAAAACAGAAAAAGUAGUGGCAGUCAAAGUGGCACUCAAAGUGUAAACUUAGCAAAACUGUCCAAACAGUGAGGCCCGUCGGAGGAGGUUAACACAAAUGUUUCAGUAAGUGAGAUAUUAGGACAAUCUAAUGCGGUGUUAUACCCAGACGAAAUCGGUCCACUACAGAGUGGAGUGUUUGAGCUGUCUUGUGUAGAUUCGUCCAGACCAAGUUUUGAAAAGAUGGCGGAAAACGGUCAAGAGCCAACAAUCAAGGACGUCAUGAACUUUAUGAGAACCAUGGAUAACAGGUUAGCGGCAAUUGAUGUAAAAUUAAAUGCAAUAGAUUCAUUAGAGAAGAAAGUGUGUGUUUUCGAGAAAGAACUUAAGAAAAUAUGGGUCGCUCUUGAAGAAAGGGUGAAGCGUACAGACGCGCGCGUGUUGGCGCUUGAGGAAAAGGUGGAGUUGGUUGAUGUUGGGGCAACGAUAGUGGCAGACAGGCUAGUUCAGUUAGAAAAGGAGCGAAACGAGCUCCGGGAUGACGUUUAUUUGAAAUCGCAGUCAAUGCGUAAUAACUUGGUGUUUAUGAAUAUCCCGGAAGACAACUCAACAGGAAAUGAGCCGCCCGAAGUCACAGAGCGGAAGCUCCGCGAUCACAUAGAGGAAACACUUAAGGUCGCCAAAGAAACCGCCGACACCAUACGUUUCGAGCGUGUACACCGCGCGCCAGGAUAUCCGGUUCACGGCAAAGUGCGAAAUAUAGUCGCACAAUUUACCUUCUUCAGGGACAGGGAACUAGUGAGGAAACAAUGGAAACACCUUACAGGUACAAACUUCCAAAUGCACGAGCAGUUUCCACCGGAAGUGGUAGAGAAGCGGUGCAAACUGGUUUUCCACAUGAAAGAUGCCAGAAAGGAAGGUAAACGUGCGUGGAUCGCAUACGAUACGUAAGAGAUACCUUUUUACUAGACUUAGAUUGUCAGCCCACCCAUUACAUAUUCAAACCGGUCGUUAUGCGAGACAAAUCAUUUCUAGAAACCAACGAUAUUGCAUUUGUUGCGAUUCGACCGAUAUUGAAGAUGAAUUUCACUUUAUUUGUAUUUGCCCGACGUUUAGAAACAUUAGAAAACAAUACAUUAAAGCAUGUUAUUAUAUAAGACCAUCUAUGUAUAAAUAUUUAAGUUUACUGCAAACGAAUAAUAAAGCGGAACUUAUUAAUAUAUUCCUUUAUGUAAAAGAAUCACUUUAAGUACGAACAUCUAUUCUAAAUGCAAGAAUACUUUAAUUGUUCAUCCUCUUUUUUCAUUUUUCUUUCUUUUCUGUUGUUGUUAUAUUUAAUUUGUAAUCACGCCACUGUAGUUGCUUAGUAAAUGAUUUGUAAAUUUGUACAAAACUUUGUUCCUAUCACAAUUGACAAACUGUACUGUUAUCAUUAUGUGUUGUUGAUGAUGUACAUUGUACAAGUCGAAAUAAACUGUCUGUCUGUCUGUCUGUCUUUAAAAUGUUGGUGACGCAAGUUACGUUUGUCUAAAUAAAUACGUGUUAACUACAAGCCACUUUAGUCUUUCGGGGAUUAAACAAGGUGUGACAAACAAAACGCAACCUAGCCUAUGGUUAAAGGCAUAUGCUUUGCUGAUUGCCAAUAAACUGAAACUGAAACUGUUAUUUAAAAAACAAUUCUCAAGUGUUUGUAUUUCGUUUUCUAGUACAUGCAUUCUACUCUACUUUUGCAUUGCUUAAUGCGCCGCAUGACACUAAUUGCGUUAUCUCCUAAAUCAUGACAGGGAAUUAUAGUGUAUACAUAAUUUGACAACAUAUAUUGUAUACAUUUAGUAUUAUUUGAAACUGCUGCGACUUAAGAAUGUACAAGUCUGCUACAUGUAAAAUGAGGUAUGAAAGUGAAACUAUGGUACCUGAAGCCCCCCUUAGUUUUUAAGACUUCCGGUAUUUAAAUGUUUACCGGUAAACAGUUGCCUAUAUUAGUGACAAAAGUAUUCAUAUUUAAAGACUGAGGUAAAGAGCUCUUAAGCUGAGCAUAGGUUUAUCAAUAAUAAUUCCAGUUAACUUAAUAUAGAGAAGCUAUUUUUUUAGAAAACAUAUCCGACACUUAAAAAACAGGGGCAGUAUUAACAGACAAAGCUUUAACAAUGUGAGAAGUAAAAACCGUGUAUCUUCAGAAACCAUUUGCUGCUGCUGUUAUUGUGAUCUUUCUGUUGCCUUUCUUUUAUUUAAUUACAGAACAAGGAGAAGUAGUAGAAAUACAAGAAUUAGAAGUAGAAGUAGAAGUUACUGUAGUAAUAGUAUUAGUAGAAAGAGGAUGAUGAUGAGGAGGAUGAGGAGGAGGAGAUAAAGAGGAGGACACAUACACAUAAACACGUCGAUUGCAACGCAUGGAUUUUGAACGACAAUAGUUUUUUUCCCGAGAAGCAAAUACACAUGCACUAGUACUAUGAGUGUCUUACCUGUCG